UCAGUCCCUCCUAAUUGCCAUGUCCUGGCUCUCUGAUCCCUGGCGCAGGCUCCUUCAGGUGCUGUAAUCAUUAACUCUUGCAGGAAGCGCACAGCACUGAUAGGUAUCAGAGCAUCUGCUUCUGCUCAGUUCGAUACAGGGACUACUGGAGUCCUGAGAUGGAGAGCAGUCAGCAAAGAGAUGGAGGUGAGGGGGUGGCCAGGCAGGAGCCAGCUGGUGGGGGGUUGAGGCUGAGACGGGACAUGGGCCUGUGGAGUGCCGUGUCCCUGAUUGCUGGCUGUAUGAUUGGCUCUGGCAUCUUCAUGUCACCACAGGGGGUCUUGGUCUACAUGGGCAGCCCCGGGGCCAGUCUUGUGGUCUGGGCGGUCUGUGGUCUUCUGACCACCCUGGGUGCCCUGUGCUAUGCUGAACUGGGGACCCUGGUCCCCGAAUCCGGAGGGGAAUAUGCCUACAUUCUACGAACCUUUGGCUCCUUACCAGCCUUCCUGGUCAUCUACACGUUUGUGCUGGUGAGCAGACCAGCCGCCAUCGCUGCCGUCUCUCUGAGCUUUGCCCAGUAUGUCGUGGUCCCCUUUUAUCCAGGCUGCUCCUCCCUGCCCCAGGCCAUGCUCAAGGGUGUGGCUGCCACCUGCCUUCUGCUGCUGCUGCUGGUCAACUGCUGGAGCUCGCGGGCAACCAUCAUGCUGAUGAACGUGUGCACGGCCGCCAAAGUGCUCUCCUUGCUGGUCAUCGUGGGGGGCGGCGUCAUGGUCCUGGGCCAGGGCUGUGGCCGCACGGAAGCCCUUCUGACUGCCUUCCACAACACGUCACAGCAGGCCGGGCACAUCAGCAUGGCCUUCUACCAGGGCAUGUGGUCCUUUGAUGGCUGGAAUAGCCUCAACUAUGUGAUGGAGGAACUCAAGAAUCCAAGUCAGAACCUGGUGUGUGCACUGUUGAUCGCCAUCCCCCUGGUCACCGGCCUGUACCUCCUGGUCAACAUUAGUUACCUGCUAGUGUUAUCGCCCAAUGAGAUCCUUUCCUCUGAUGCGAUGGCUGUGAGCUGGGGGAACCAGGUUCUGGGGGCCUGGGCCUGGCUGGUGCCUUUGGCUGUUGCACUCGCGACAUUUGGCUCUGUCAACGGGUUGUUCUUCAGUGGAAGCCGUGUGUGCUAUGUGGCUGCGAGAGAGGGCCACAUGCCCCGGCUUCUGUCCAUGGUUCACGUGCGUCGCUUCACACCAGCCCCAGCUUUGAUGUUUACCACAGCAGUGGCUUUGGUCCUAGUCACCCCAGGAAGCUUCAACACCAUCGUGAACUCCCUGAGCUUCCUUGGCUGGCUCACCUAUGGGACCACCAUUAGCUGUCUCCUGUACUUGCGGAUGAAGAAGAAGAAGAAUCUUCCCCGACCUUACAAGGUCCCCAUCAUCAUCCCUGCCAUCAUGCUCCUUGCCUCUCUCUGCCUGGUGUUGGCACCCAUCCUCGACCAUCCCCAGAUGGAGUUCCUGUACCUCUUUCUGUUCCUGCUCAGUGGCCUCCCGGUCUAUUUCCUGUUCAUCUACUUCCGGUGCCAGCCCAGGUGUUUGCAGGUGGCCACCCUGCAUCUCCAGCUGCUCCUGGAAGUUGCUCCAACCACUAAAAAUGCCGCCUGAAGGACUGGACAGGGCCUCACUGCCCUCUGCUGUAGACCCUUCUGUCCUCACACAAGUGGCCUUGCCAGCUUCUCUGCAGGUUGACUGUGCUUAAUUCUAAUAUGUUCCUAAAGUGCUAUGACACAGCUGUGGCGGAGUUUGGGGUUUUCUAUCCGGGACCGCGUCCUCUCCUUCUCUAAGAGCUGCUCCUUCAACACAGGUGGACCUCACAGCCACACUGAUAUUACAUGACAGUCUCUCUAGGGCAUAGCUGUCUGAUAUUCCAGGCAGGCAGCUUGGAAUACUUUCCCUUCUUUUGAGAUUUUGGGAUUAGAAUUCCAAUGGUUGCUUGAGUUGAGGAAUCACAAAUCUUGGGAUCUCUGUGGAGCCAUCUUCAUUAUGUGGAUAGAGAAAUAGAGAAAGGAAUGAAGAAAAUACGCGGUGAGAUGUUGAGAAAUUAUGCAGUCCCCAAGAGUUGAGGGAAAAACCUGAGAGUCCUUCCUGCUUUUUUAUAGUCUGGGACACACUGAUACCUUAUAAUAAAGUUCCACCUUUGGCUCAA